AUGUCUCGUGAAUCUCGACAAGAACGACAACAACACAAGAGGCGUCAUUCGCUUGAUGCGACUCCAUUGAGACGCUCGAGAUCGACCGACACACCAAUAGUUGGAACUGUACACAAACAGAGAAAUUUAAAUCGAACUCCUUCUCCAGAAAUGCCUCGAGGAACCUUCCAAUACCAGCCAACAAGCGUCAACACUCGGAGACGUUUCGAUGCUCAAGCCACUUUGACGGAUCAUGUGCCUAAUCCUGCUCCAACAGUGCCAAUCGUUGAACAAUUAGCCGAUCAAAUGACUGGUGUUUUUGCCGAAAUCUCUGAUGCUUUUGACCAUCUUUCAAAUUUGAAGAUUACGGUCACAGAAGAAAGUCAACGCUUUGGUAAAGCUCCAAUAGAACAUAGGAUCGCUCAGAUUAAGUCGUAUACAAUUGAUUAUUUGCAAGAACUUCUCGAGGGAGAAAUGCUCGGCAAUCAACGACUGAAUGAGAAAAUUCAACUGGCAACAAAAAGAAAUUUUGAGCUUGAGCGACGGCUGGAGUUUGUGGAAACAAAUGUUGAGCGUGUACAGAAAGAAGCAAUUGAUAAGGCUGAGCAAGCGAUUCGCACGUUGAUUACCCGUUUCAAUGCCCAAGAGGCAAGUCUCAUCACAGCCAGAGAUGCCGAAGCAAAUAGUGCACGAGAGCUACGAAACACAAAUCAAAUCAUGCAGGUCACACUGACGACAUUAGAGGAAACAAAAGAGCGAAACAUGUCUGAGAUUGCACAACUACAAAGAAACUAUGCUCAAAAAGACGAGAAUCUCAAACAAGUCAGCAUGCAAAAUAAGGAACUAAACAAACAACUGGAGAACACAAGACAAAGUGAAAAAGAUUUGCGAAAACGUCUCAAUGAGCUAGAGGAAAGCAUGCGCCGUGUACAAGAUGAAAAUCGCACGUUGACACGAGAUUUCAAUCAAUGUAAACAAGACAACACCCGACUCGAGCAACAAGCGACCAGGAACGAUGAUAAGCAUCGGCGAGAAAUGCAAACUCAUCGAGAUGAUCUUCAGAAAAAAUGGGAAGAAUUCAAGGUUCGACUCGAUAAUGAACAUCGACAAAAGCUGUCACAGUAUGAGAUGGAAAUCCAAAAUCAACGAAGAGUUCUCGACGAUACAAGAAGGGAUCUUUCUUACGCACAAGCAAAGGUUCGUGAGCUCGAAUUGAGUCGAGAAGAUUUUGAGCAUGCGGUAAGGGAUGAAUUGCAAAGAACGAUGAUGGCCAAAUACAGGGAUAUGGUCUUGGAGAUUGCCCCAGAAAGACCAAUUCCUCCACAAACCGUCUCGAUUCCAACUCGCUUUCGUUCAACCUCCACCUCUAGACCGGGUCCAUCGGUGUCAAAUAAAGAAAAUGAUGCUAGACUUGAUGACCCAGCAAAUAAACACGGACAACUGACGCAAGUUCUCACAAAGGCUGUCAAUAGAAUAAACAAUCGACGAUCAGGGCUGGGCGGA